GCUGUCUCCGAGGAGCUGCAGCCCAGACACAAUUUGCAACACUCCAAGCAAGGUCCUAGUUUUUUGACUCGCAGAGAAAAUAAUAUAUGAAGAUUUUUGCCUUUUUUUUUAAGGUAUUUUGCUCCUUUCUGCUAAGUUUGAGGCUUAUAUGCGUGGGAAAGAUUUUGGCUGCAGCAGAAGCAGAAGCAGCAGGCUGACCUCCUGCAGGGUACGCAUUGCUCUUUGGCCGGCUGCUUACUUCCUUAGCAGAGGGGCUGCUGGCACCUGAGCAGGCAUGAAACCUGAAGAGGCGGAGCUUAUCACUGAAAUAUCCAAGCUCCAGGGUAUGGUCUCCGAGCUGAAGGCGGGCUUCACGGGGGCCCUCCUGGAGCUGGCCCAGAUCCAACACGGGGACUCGUCCCUGCGCGAGGAGCUGGAGGAGAACAAGCGGCGUUGUCAGAAGAAAGCUUUACGCUUGGAGUCUCUGGUGGAGUCGCUGCGGGUGUGUCCCUGUCUACGUUUGCCCAGCGGACCUACGGUAACCUCUGACCUGUUGUUGCUUUCGCCGCCCCGGCAGGAGGAGUUCGGCGUGAUGCGCGGCCAGGUGUUGCAGAUGUGCGGCGACAUACAGCGACCUCUGCAGGACGAAGAGAGCACUGCGGCCAAAGAAACCGAUCCGGCGGGGGCGUUCGGAGGGCGGAGCCAGCCUGAGGCGACCCCCGCAGAGGCGGCGUGGUCGUCGUUGGUGCCGUGCCGAGGCAAGGUCCUCCUGCACUGCUUCCUGCAAGGCCUCAAAGCUGGUCUCACUGAAGGAACAGACGCUCGACACCAGGUGGCGCUGCAGCUCCUCCACUCGGAGUGGGAGUACGUGUCCAUGUUGACCGCGCUGUACGACGAGUACAAGACGCCGCCGCCGACCAGCAGUUCACACGAGGCGUUUGCCACGUGUGUGGAGCGGCUGCUGCAGCGCCACCUGCUGUUCAGGAACACCCUGCAGGAGCGACUGUCAGCCGAGCACUGGAAGUCUCUGGUGGGCGACAUCCUGGUGCAGCUCGUCGGACAAAACGACACAACUUUCUCUGACAUGUACGUGGGCUACACGAGCACGCUGGCAUCCUUCCUGUCACUGGACUUCUGCACACUCAGUCCUCCUGACAAGCAGCAGGUGAGCCAGGUGGAAAAAGAGCAAAUCAAAGUGCUGUCGCUUCAUCUGGCGCCUGUAACCCGUGUCCACUGUUACCUGAGCCACAUCCAGAACUUGCUGCAGUGGACCAGUAAAGAGCAUCCUGACUGCAGCCUCCUGCUGGGCACUGAGCGCGCGCUGAGGGACGUCCUGUCUCGCUGUCACGCAGUCCUGGAGGAGGACGUGAAAUGGGACGACGAAGAGCAACAAAAAAGUUGCUGUGACGACACGGCUGGCGCGUCAUCUGCCAACACCCGCAGCAGCGCCCCCCAGAGGACAAAAGGAGAAACUGCAGCUCAGAGAGAGUCUUUGCUCCUCACCAACGGGUCCGGCGUGCGUCACUCUCUGCGUCUGGAGUGCUGGUCCUGCAGCCCCGUGAGGAGGAAGACCUGCUUGGAGCAUGUCCACCAUCCCGGACGCUCCCUCCUCCUCACUCCGGACACCCCAGGGUGGGGCGAGACCAGCGACUCGGGCCUGGGCACCUUCAGCCAGCACACCGGGAAAGAAGCGUCGGAGCUCGAGGCGCACCAGACCCCGGAGGACCCGGAGACGGAUGCGGACACCUCGGCCUUGGACGACUCCUCCGGGACGUCCUGCAGUCCCGACUGCACUCUGUGCAGGGAGGCGCUGGAGGACGAGGAGGACAGUCAGGUCCCGGUUCUGCUGAAGCCUCGGGAGCAUUCCGAGAGGAGCGUUUGUCUCAGGUGGCAGAUUCCCAGACUGACCCCUCACCCCCCGCUGAGGAAGUCCACCAGGGCAUGCACGGACAUGCCGAGCCCUUUGGCCUCCUGCGGCAAGAAGCUGGUCAGCGUCAGGAAGGGAUCUCCUCCGCUCCACGCUAACCGGGCCUUCAGGCCCAUCUGGGACGACCCGUCUAAGCAGGCCGACCCGACUCUGGAGAAGGACCGGAGGCAGGGCUUCGUUCCGGUCCGGACGUCCGCCAGGCAGAACUUUGUGGCCUUGAGGGACAACCUGAGACCAGGACAGCCCAGCUUCUCUUUGGCGCCCUCUAGUGGAGCUCUGUGGGAGGACAGCGAGGACAGCGAGGGACCCUGCAGCACCGUUUGAGGCGGGACUCCUCAAACGUCCACUGCAACACCUUCAUUAACUCGGAGUUACACAACAAAAGACACUUUUUGGAAUUAUCGUACUUCCUCAAAUAGUUGCCCACUAUGGCAUCUGUAAAGCUGACGUUAACAGUCAAUAGUUUAGUCUGGAUUAAUACAACAAUCCCGCUAAUAGUUGUCUCCACUCAAAUAGACACCAUGUUCCAAUGAAUCGCCAUAGUCAUUAACGCACGGCAUCUGUAAAGCUGACAUUGUCCAGAUUGAUACAAUUCCUCUGACAGCAGGCUCCACUGAAAUAAGACGCCGUACCCCAAGGAAUCGCAAUGAACAUUAACACACCGCUUCUGUAAAGCUAACAUUACCAGUCAAAGGUCGUCUGGUUUUGAGCAAAGGACUUAAAACAAGCAGAAUACAAAUAUUUCCUCUAAUAAUAGCCUCCAGUCAAAUAGACGCCAUACCCUAAGGAAUUGCAAUAUAGGUUAACACCAUGCAUCAGUAAAGAUGACAUUUAUCGUCAACUGUAGUCGAGAUUAAUAAACCAAUUCCUCUAAAAGCCGCCUCCAUUCAAAUAGACACCGAAUCAAAGAACCGCAAUAAACGUUAAAGCACGGCAUCUGACAUUAACAGAGGACUUAAAACAAGCAGAAUAAACGUAUAUUUUCUAUAAUAGUAGCCUCCCCUCAAAUAGAUGCCGUACCCAAAGGAAUGGCAAUAAAAGUUAACACACGGCUUCCGUAAAGCUGACAUUAACAGUUAAGUGUAGUUUGGCUUUGGGACAAGGACUUAAAACAAGCAGAAUUAAAAGUAUAUUUUCUAUAAUGGUAGCCUCCACUCAAAUAGAUGCCGUACCCAAAGGAAUAGCAAUAAAAUUUAAUAGACGGCUUCUGUAAAGCUGACAUUAACAGUUAAGUGUAGUCUGGCUCUGGGACGAGGACUUAAAACAAGCAGAAUAAAAGUAUAUUUUCUUUAAUGGUAGCCUCCACUCAAAUAGAUGCCGUACCGAAAGGAAUGGCAAUAAAAGUUAACACACGGCUUCUGUAAAGCUGACAUUAACAGUUAAGUGUAGUCUGGCUUUGGGACAAGGACUUAAAACAAGCAGAAUAAAAGUAUAUUUUCUAUAAUAGUAGCCUGCCCUCAAAUAGACGCCAUACCCAAAGGAAUGGCAAUAAAAGUUAACACUCGGCUUCUGUAAAGCUGACAUUAACAGUUAGGUGUAGUCUGGCUUUGGGACAAGGACUUAAAACAAGCAGAAUAAAAGUAUAUUUUCUAUAAUAGUAGCCUGCCCUCAAAUAGACGCCGUACCCAAAGGAAUGGCAAUAAAAGUUAACACUCGGCUUCUGUAAAGCUGACAUUAACAGUUAGGUGUAGUCUGGCUUUGGGACGAGGACUUAAAACAAGCAGAAUAAAAGUCUAUUUUCUAUAAUGGUAGCCUGCACUCAAAUAGAUGCCGUACCCAAAGGAAUGGCAAUAAAAGUUAACACACGGCUUCUGUAAAGCUGACAUUAACAGUUAAGUGUAGUCUGGCUUUGGGUGACGGACAUAAAACAAGUAGAAUAAAAUAAAAAUUAAAAUUCUAAAAGCAGCCUCUAUUCGAAGAGACGCCGCGCCCCAGUAAAUCGCCAUGGAUAUCAACGCAUGGCAUCUGAAAAGCUGACGUUUAAUUGGACCUCAAACCUCAUUAGGGAAGGACUCUGACAAAAAAAAAACAAUUGUAUUGCAUCCCUUUCAAUUGGAGCCUCUGCUCUAAUAAACGCCGCACUUCAACAAAUCACAAUCGCCUUUGCAUCUGAUGAAUUUCCAAGGCACUUGUGUUGAAAUAAGGAAAACUACUUAUGCAGUAGACAAAUUAUUCUAAAAUAUAUAAUACAUUGAUUUGUAUUGUAUUGUAACAGUUGUUUAUGGGGAGAAAUACAAAGAAAUACCAGUAAUACAAAGUGUAUUAUUAUUAUUAUUAUUAUAAAGACUUCCCCUACUAAA